AUGGAUACAGAAGUCAGCGUUUGCUCGUCCCGUCCCCCUCCCGUCGCCUUCACUCCCUCCUCCGGUCGCCUUCACUUCCCCCUCCCGUCGCCUUCACAUCCCCCUCCCGUCGCCUUCACAUCCCUCUCCCGUCGCCUUCACUCCCUCCUCCCGUCGCCUUCACAUCCCUCUCGCGUCGCCUUCACUCCCUCCUCCCGUCGCUUUCACUUCCCCCUCCCGUCGCCUUCACUUCCCUCUCCCAUCGCCCUCGCUCCCCCCUCCCAUCUCCCUGCUCAUUCUCCCGUCGCCCUCGCUUCCCCGGCUCACCCUGUUUCCUCUGCUCCUUCGCUACCCCCCGGCUCUCUCUGUCUGUCUCCCCUGCUCAUUCUCUUCCCAGUCUCCCCCCCAAUCCCCCACAACCUCUUCCACAAGUUGGAAGAUUCACUUGCGCUAACGCUUCCUGCCCCGACGCUACCCCUCCCUGCACCCGACGCCAACCCGCCAUUUCCCCACGCUAAUCCUCCCUUUCCCUCACUACCACCCGCCCAAUCCCCCACUCCCCCCCGUACUUUCCCCCACUCGCACCCGUCCAUUCCCCCACUGGCCCGGUCAUUUCCCCCACUCCCCCCCGUCAUUUCCCCCACUCUCCCUCGCCCUUUUCCCCCACAUAAGCAUUCCUUUCCCUCACGCUAA